UCUUUUCAUGGAAUGAGUGUUUUGUGCUGUUGAAGUUGAGCAACAGCAAUUAAUCUUCUAAUAUUAAACAUGGAGAACAACCCUAACUCAUCCAGAAAUAUUGAUAGAAAAUUCAUUGAGAGGAACAGAAGAAAUCAAAUGAAAACUCUCUACCGCAAGCUCAACUCACUUGUGCCUCAUCAAAGCUCAAGGGAUCCUAUUUCACUGCCGGAUCAGCUAGAAGAAGCCACAAAUUACAUAAAGAAACUACAGAUGAAUUUGGAGAAAAUGAAGGAUAAGAAGAUCAUGCUACUUGGAAUUGAAAAGCCAAAUAUGAGAGUGAAUGGAGGAAAGACCACUGUGGGGUUGAAAUCUCCACGAAUUGAGAUCCAACAAAUGGGUUCAGCCUUAGAAGUUGUUCUAGUAACUGGGUUGGAUUCUCAGUUCAUGUUCAGUGAAUCCAUUCGUGUUCUUUAUGAAGAAGGAGUAGAUGUUGUUAAUGCUAGUUAUAAAGUCGUUGAAGAUCUAGUUUUCCAUUCAAUACACUGUCAGGUAAGGGAGUCUACAAGUGGAGCUGCAAGGAUAUCUGAGAGACUAGAGAACUUUAUCUAUGAUUCUAGUUCUAGCUAAAAUGCAUUCUAAAGUGUAAUAUGGGUAUGCCUUAUUUCGGUGGAAAUUUAAAUAUGAA